UAGCGCGUAGCGCUCGCCUCGUAGCGUCAGUGCCGCGGAGGCGAGCGCACCGACCGGCCGCUACGACGCUACGCGCGGCUACGCAAUGUUGUGGUUAUCCGUUACGCUUUUGGCGCUUUUUGCAUCGGUCCAAGGACGAGCGGUGAACAUCAGCAACACGUGGGUGCUGCCAGAGGAGGGGUUCCCGGUGUUCUACCGCUACUUCAGGGACCGCAUCUCGUGGUACGAGGCCGACGCCGUCUGCCAGUUCCACCAUGCCAACCUUGUCACAGUGGACACAACAGCGCAGUACGACGCUGUGCGGGCUUAUCUCAAGGAGCUAGACAUCUCCAGCGCCGUCUGGGUCGGCCUCAUCCGCAGUAAUCCCGAUGGAGACUUCACCUGGACGGACUACCGCGGCUUAAGCGGAGAAGGGUACUGGAGCUCAGCCCCCGACGCGCGCUCUGCCCCGCUGUGUGCGGCCGCAGACCCGGCUGCCGACUACCGCUGGGAGGCUCGAGCCUGCGGCGGGCCUACUGUAGCCUCCUUCAUAUGUGAACUACCGGUGCCUCAAUGGGCGCUCGGAAAGGACGGCUGUAUGGUGCGCGCGCUGCCAGCGCUGACUGCUCUGUACCUGCCAGAGAGCGCCGCCGUGCAGCUCACCGCCGACUGCGGGCUGGCCGGCGUGAAGCGAGUUCAAUGUACUGGCAAUGUGAAACGCGAAGAGCUGCUGAAAGAGCUGUCCUGUAGCGAAGAAGAGGAACCCUCGAGUACUCCGAGCCUGACUUCAACCAGCACAAUGUGGCCGGCUACUGGCACUACUUUCACUGAUCAAGAAGUAACUACAGAUGAACUAUCAACGUCUGAAAAUGUUGUUACCGAAGAAAAGGAGAUAAGUAAUUCACCGCCACAUAUUACUGAAACUUCUACUCCAUUCAGUUUACAUUCAGAACCAGAAGUUUCCACACCAGCAAAAUUGAGUUUGAACAUACAUAAUUACGUGAGAAUACCUCUAGAUAAAGAAUUUAAUCUAGAACCGAUUCAUAGUAAUGAUAUUCCACAACCAGAACACCAAGAAACUACUAUUGGUAAAGAUCAUCUUAAAAAUAUCGAGAAUAACAAGAGUUAUCAACAUCGGCUCUUACACGAUGAAAUGACUCGAUUAGGCAAUUCAGAAGGUAUAUUUACACAGCCCACUGAUCAUUUUAUACCACCGCUUGUCAUGGCGAAAGCAAGAAUUAGCGAUGAUAUGACUGUUUUAUCUCUAGAAGAAAAGCAUGCCCAACAAAUAGCAGAACACCAGCGUCUGUAUAACCAUAAUAAGUUAGUGGAGCAUAUCAGUUUUACACUAUCUCCGGAUACAACCCCUAAUAUAAUAUCAAGUACUCUAACUCCAACGAACGUUAUUAAAGAACAGAAAUCAACAGAUACGCCAGUACUUAUAGGCAGUGUGAAAAAAGAAACAAAAUCUAAUGUUCCCAAAAAGUACUCAGAAAAAUAUGAUAGUCUAAAGGCAAAGACAUACAAACUACAAAAAGCCGUAAAACUUGAUAAUCUUUCCACAUUAUCACCAUUAAGCACGGAAAAGGAGAUUGAAAAAGGAAUUACUAAAUUACAACCAUAUUUACAUUCUUCUUCAGGAGAGGAUCCAAGUAUUGAUCUCACUGUGAUUAUAAAGGAGCCGGGUCCCGGGAAUGGACAACAAAUAUUUUAUUCCAACCACACUAAUACUUUAACAAGAACUGAACAGGUGACAGGUGCCAGCAUGACGAACUCAAGCACAAAACAACUUGUUACUGAAUCAUCAACAACAGAAAUGCCUAUUUUAACAGCAAAUCCUGUAACUGAAAAUGAGCCACAAGCACUCUCAAGUGUUACACUCAAUCAUGAAAUAAUAAAAAUAACAAUAAUCAAUGAUACGACCACUGAAAAUUCAUCUCCGAUUGUAUUUGAAGUUUCAACUUUAGUACCACUCUUCAAUAAUAAAUCUGCAGAUUUUUUGCCUACCUCGACCGUGUCUGGUAGCAAUGAUACUACGUCUCCAGCUGUUAGCAAUAACUCUGUAACAUCUACCACUGUUUUGGCUACAAGUAGUUCAAGCAGUACAACACAAUCUUCUGUACAAAAUAAUUCAGACCGUCUAUCUACCUCAGAGUUAACUACUACUAUUCAUAUGUUUACCAACAAAGACAAAAAUAUUUCGUCGACCGAAUCUCCAGUCACAACACCAGAAUUGAUAACAGAGACAGCCACUUUAGCCACAACAACGUUAUUAGUAAAUCUGAAUGCCAACGAAGAAGUUACCAAAGCUAUCAACAUGACUGCUGCUACGACUAUGAAGAUAGAAGAUUCGACACCAGCACAAAUUGAGAUAUUUAACCACACUGAUCAUUUUGAAGAAGACCAUGAGAACGAAGAGCAUGAUGGAGAAAUGAUAGAUGAUUAUCAAUCACCGUUACUUUCAGCUGCCAACGAGCCCCUGCAUCGACCGCGGUCCCGAAGACCCCUGCCUAACCCGAACCGGAUGAAAAAAUUUAAUCCAUUCCGCAUAUUAGGUUAGGUUAGCAAACAUGACUGUAAUGACUGCCACAAAAUGGGAUUCUACUUGAGAUGAAUGACGACUGAAGAAAUAUACACUCUGCAUUUCAUUCAUAGAAUUAGUAUCCUAAAACUGUUACACGAGAGUGAUAUGGUGCACUUAAUUUAAAGCAUGAUGUGUUAAUUGUGCGAAUAGUCAUUGCUGUUACAUGUUAGACAUACAUAAUUUAAAUAGGUAGACACAGUAUGCCAUGUUUACAUGCACGAUUUGUUAUUUACUUAUUUUAUUACGAGAAAGUUGUAAAUCUUUAUAUUAAUCAAUUAAUUCCAUUCUGUUAUUUAAAUUAAUCAUGAAAAUAUUUUAAAAAUGAAGCACAUUAUUAAUGAAAAAAAAAACGCUUUUUUAUAUGUGUACCUAAUUACCAGGAAAUGAUAAUUAUUGAUUAGGAUAGGAUAGUUCGUUAUAAUCUUCGAACAACUUUUAGCCGAAGGUAUUAGUCAAUUCCAUUGAUUUAAAAUAUAGCAUAGCUAUAACUUAUAGUUAUAAGCAUAUUAGGGAUCGGUCAUAGCACUCAAAUUCAUUUAUACCUAAUGAAUAAUUAUACGUAUCACACACAAUUUUGAGAUUGCCAAAACACCCACCCGUAAUAUUAAUAUCUACCGUAUUUAUAGAACUUUAGAUAGUGAUUAUUUUAAUAGAAAAACUAUAAUUAAGCAUAGCGAGCGGUGAUCAUGUUCAUGUUAUGACACUCACAAUCAUAUCAUGUAGGUUAAGAAUCUAUGUGUUUGAUGAAAUUAUUUUUAUGUAAAACUUUUUGAAGUUAUAGAUGUGCACAAGUGAAUUAAUUUAUGAACACGGAGGCUGAAAGAAAUAUGUGGGGCUUGGAAGACCUUCGCGGCGGGGGAUUAUUUAAGAGGGUAAAUUAUUCUAUGGAGUCGAAUAUUUUCAUACUUAUUUGAACUCCGAAGUUUUUAAACGACGUCGUUCAUACUUAAAUUCGAGUUACACGCCGCGAGGGAUCUUUAUAUUUGGCAGUUGAUAUUAUAACAAUGAAUGUUUUUUUGUGUUCAGAUCUAUUUGUCAUGUAUGUAGUAAUUUUAGACUAUUAAAAUUUUACAAUAAAUAUUAAAA